AUGGUAUUGCUCUUGUGGAAGAAGCUGGGUCUAGAAAUUGGCUCCAAUGGCGCAAGAAACGUGGAUCAUUGUAUCGAGUGUGCGGAAGAUGAAUAUCCAAACAGAAACCAAGAUCGAUGUCUGCCCAAGACAAUGAAUUUUCUGUCUUAUGAAGAACCUUUAGGGAUCAGUUUGGCUGCCAUUGCUAUGACUUUUUUUGUGAUCACAUCUUUGGUUCUGGCAACUUUUAUUAAGCACAAAGACACCCCCAUAGUCAAGGCCAACAACCGAGAUAUCACCUACGCUCUGCUGGUCUCUCUCUUGCUCUGCUUCCUCUGCUCUUUGCUUUUCCUUGGAGAACCAACCAAGGUGACUUGCUUCCUCCGCCAGUCUACUUUUGGCAUCAUCUUCUCAGUGGCGGUUUCUUGCGUGUUGGCCAAAACAGUCACUGUGGUUGUCGCUUUCAUGGCCACCAAACCAGGCUCCAGCAUAAGGAAAUGGGUGGGGAAAAGACUGACCAACUCCGUUGUCCUUUCCUGCUCCACCAUUCAAGUAGUGAUUUGUCUGCUGUGGCUAGGAACCUCUCCCCCAUUCCCAGAUUUUGAUACACAAUCAUUGAAUGAGGAAAUAGUUGUGGAAUGUAACGAAGGGUCCGUCACCAUGUUCUACAUCGUCCUUGGCUACAUGGGACUUCUGUCCAUCAUCAGCUUGACUGUGGCUUUCCUAGCCAGGAAAUUGCCUGACAGUUUUAAUGAAGCCAAGUUUAUCACCUUCAGCAUGUGUAUGUUUUGCAGUGUUUGGAUAUCUUUCGUUCCAACCUACCUGAGCACCAAAGGGAAAUACAUGGUAGCCGUGGAGAUCUUCUCUAUCUUGUCCUCCAGUGCUGGGUUACUGGGUUGUAUCUUUUUCCCUAAGUGUUACAUUAUUUUGCUGAGGCCUGAACUGAAUGACAGGGAGCAACUAAUAAGGAGAAAGAACUAA